CCAACAAAACGCCCCUUGCGCGGCUUGUUGAUGUUAUUCUUGUUCACUGCCUACUCGCGAGGAGACAUCACACCAAAGCCGAACACGUCCCGGUUCUCGUGAUUCUUUUUCUUACUUGUUUCUGCUUUUCGCGCUACUCCAAUUGGUCGUGCACUGUUCUUAUCAAAAUUUCCAAGUGCUUAUCACCCGGCUGCCGCAACAAUUUCGUUCGUUUGACAGUUAGAUUUCCCCGUACGAUUACACCAGAAGCUCACGGUCGAUUUUUGUGUGCGUGGCUAAUUGGAUUUGCCCCGGCCGUCAUUAGAAUCGUUAGCAUAGAGACGAAAACAUGAAACCGGUUCCUCGGGUGUUGCUUCUAAUCGGUGCCGUGUUGGGCCUGUUUUGUUCGUUCCAGCAGACGGCAGCCAGCGACGAAGGAUCCUGUCACUCGUUUGCCGGAGGACAUGUCUAUCCGCAGGAGGACGUCCGCUCGGCGGAUCACAAGCUCCAAUGGACGAAGGCUGUAAUCUCCCGGCCUGCUCCGCAGUUCGAGGCCACCGCCGUGGUGGAGGGUGCGUUCAAAAAGAUCAAACUGUCCGACUACCUUGGCAAGUAUUUGGUGUUCUUCUUCUACCCGCUGGAUUUCACCUUCGUGUGUCCGACGGAAAUCCUGGCCUUUUCGGAUCGGGCCAAGGAGUUCCAGAAGCUCAAUGCGGAGGUAAUUGCGGCCAGUAUUGAUUCGCACUUUACCCAUCUCGCCUGGAUCAACACACCCCGGAAGGAGGGUGGUCUGGGCAAGAUCAACAUUCCACUGGUGAGCGACAUUACUCACAGCAUCGCCAAGGACUACGGAGUGUACCUGGACGAUUUGGGUCAUACGUUGAGAGGUCUCUUCAUCAUCGAUGACCGUGGAAUAUUGCGUCAGAUCACGAUGAACGAUUUGCCGGUAGGACGGUCGGUUGACGAAACCCUUCGAUUGGUGCAAGCCUUCCAGUACACCGACAAACACGGAGAGGUGUGCCCUGCCGGAUGGAAACCAGGCCAGGAUACGAUCGUGCCGAAUCCCGAGGAAAAGAUGAAGUACUUCGAAAAGAACCAUAAAUAUUAAGCUUAACAUUAGACAAUGCAGAUGAUCCAUUGUAAUUAAAUGGAUAAAUUAAAUU